GGACUUCGUUUAUUUCAGGGCGGUCUAAGGGCCGUCAUCUGGACAGAUGUCAUCCAGAGCUUUGUGAUGUUUGGCUCCAUUCUGGCAGUUUGCAUCAAGGGCACCUUUGACGUGGGCGGACUGGGCGUGGUUCUGCAGCGAAACGAAGACGGCGGACGCCUAAAUUCACCUGAGUGGACCUGGGAUCCCACAGUGCGGCUGUCCAUGCUGUCUGUGAUUCUGGGCGGCACUCUGCACAAGAUCCAGUCCUCGGAUGUCAACCAGGUGUCCAUCCAGCGGUUCCUCUCGCUGCCAAGUUACCAGCACGCCAAGAGAUGUAUGCUGAUUUUCACACUGCUCCUGAUAUUCCUGCUUAGUUGCUGCAGCUAUAUGGGGUUGGUAUCCUACGCAGUUUACCACGAUUUAAGUACUAAGUUAGCUGCUGCCGUGGACCAACUGCCUUCCCUGCUAAUGAUGCGAACCCUGGGUUCCCUUCCUGGAUUACCAGGACUCUUUGUGUCUGGGGUCUUCAGUGCCGCCCUGAGCUCCCUCUCCACGGGUCUCAACUCCCUGGCCUGUGUGAUUACCCAGGAUAUCUUAAGACCCUUGCUGAAAAAGCCCAUGACCGAGCGCCAGACGGUCUUUUGGCUGAGGGCCAUUGUGGUUGUUUGUGGAUUCUCCUGCCUGGGAAUGGUGAACAUUGUGGAGAAGUUGGGCCAAGUGGUUCCAUUGGCCACCAGCACAUCGGCAGUUUCGAUGGGUCCCCUCUUGGGAAUUUACUGCAUGGGCGUGGGCCUGCCUUGGGUCAAGGGAAAGAGCGUUCUGCUGGGAAGUUUGGUGUCCUUCUUGGUGCUAUCCUGGAUUUGUGUCAAGGCGCAGUUGGCCCAAAUGAGCGGAGAGAUUCGCUAUCCCAAGUUACCCGUUUCAGUGGAUGGCUGUGACUAUGCUUUUGAUAACCAAACAGUUCAUGGGUCCAUUCACGGGUACAGACCUUCGGAAAGGAACCUCUACCAUUUGUCCUUCCUUUGGUACACAGCUUUGGGUGGUGUGAUUUGCACUGUAGUUUCCUUACUAGCUGGUUUUAUUUUCGGCUGGGAAGAUCUCAAUAAAAUGGAUCCCUCCUUGAUUACGCCUUGUAUGCGACGCUUCUUGCCCAAAAAAAAUUAUCAGGCGGUUAAUAUGGAGGAGCUUUUCAAGCGCAAGAUCGAAACUGAGAAUUAAAGUGCUUCCUAAACUUUGUCAAUAAAAUGAGUGCUUUUUGCUCUGUCUAAAUGCUU